UGAGUAGCCAUCAAGCUACAAAUAUAAAAGGACCAAACACAAAAACUAUUCGACCGUUUGAAAUGUACAAACUCGGAGCUAUCAUUUUUCUGGUGGGUUCAAUCGGGUCCAUUCCGCUCAAACCCGAGUCCCUCCACCCCGACGCAGGUCUCAACAUUAUCGAGUUAGUCCAAAAGUAUGGGUACCCGAUUGAAUCCCAUCAAGUCCAAACGGAAGACGGUUACCUUCUAACCCUCCACCGCAUCCCCCGAGGCUUGAAUAGCACCCUCCAAGCCACGCGACCCCCCGUUUUGCUCAUGCACGGUCUCCUUAGCAGUUCAGUGGACUGGGUCAAUAUGGGUCCGGGAACCGCCCUAGGGCUGCUCUUGGCAGACAGUGGGUACGAUGUCUGGAUGGGCAACCAGAGGGGCAAUACCUGGUCCAGGAAGCACGAAACGCUUGACCCCGACACGGACGCGGAAAAGUUCUUCAACUUUAGCUUUCACGAAAUUGGGUAUUUUGACCUACCGGCCAAGAUCGACUACAUUCUGGACACGACAGGCCAAGAGAAACUUUUCUACGUCGGACACUCGCAAGGUACGACAGUUUUUUUUGUGAUGGCGAGCGAGAGACCUGAAUACAACGAGAAAAUCAGGCUGAUGUCAGCGUUGGCCCCCAUUGCCUACAUGGGGCACUUGCCCAAUCCUUUGAUAUCUCAAAUCGCUGAACAUUACGAUUUAAUGAAUACACUUGUGGAGAUUUUCCACGUGCAUGAGUUUCUUCCACACUACGACGUUAUAACCGAACUGGGAGAAACUUUUUGUACUAACAGUUCUGACUACAAAGACGCUUGCUACUGGAUCCUGAAUAUAAUCGCAGGAUUUGACUGGGAAGUGGACCCUGACUUCCUUCCUGUGAUAAUAUCAAACGCUCCUGCUGGGUCCUGCAUUAAGCAACUCCUGCACUACUUCCAGGAGAUAAAGUCUUUUAAUUUCUCGCAGUAUGAUUACGGAGUGGAGGGAAAUAAAGCUCGCUACGGGCAAGAAACCCCGCCUUUGUACGAUACGACAAAAAUUACAGCCCCUGUGAUUCUACACUACGCCAGUAACGACUGGCUUGCAGCUCUCGAAGAUGUGGACAGGUUAAAAAGCGAGCUACCGAACUUGCUCGGUGCCAAAUUGGUGCCUUUUGACCGCUUCAACCACCUCGACUUUCUGUGGGCCAAAGAUGUUGUUCAAUAUUUAAACAACGAUGUACUUGACGAAAUAAAGUCUAAUUGAUA